CAGGCUCUGAGGUGCAUUCUCGUGUUGGUGGUGUGACGUCCCAUCUUCUCCUGCUUUUGCUCCUGCCCUGCUCUUGUCCCACUGCCAGCCACCAUGGAUAAGACCGAGUUGAUCCAGAAAGCCAAGCUGGCUGAGCAGGCUGAGCGCUACGACGACAUGGCCACCUGCAUGAAGGCAGUGACGGAGCAAGGGGCCGAGCUGUCCAACGAGGAGCGCAACCUGCUCUCCGUGGCCUACAAGAACGUGGUGGGAGGGCGGCGCUCUGCGUGGAGGGUCAUCUCGAGCAUCGAGCAGAAGACAGACACCAGUGACAAGAAGAUGCAGCUUAUCAAGGACUAUCGGGAGAAGGUGGAGUCUGAGCUCAGGUCCAUCUGCACCACGGUGCUGGAGCUGUUGGACAAAUAUUUAAUAGCUAAUGCAACUAACCCAGAGAGCAAGGUCUUCUACCUGAAGAUGAAGGGAGACUACUUCCGAUACCUUGCUGAAGUUGCCUGUGGUGAUGACAGAAAACGUAAGUACCUUUCAUAG